AUGUCGGGUUUAUUUGAGCAGCCCAGAAAUGCUGGCACCCUUUUCCUUGGUGGUCAAAAGCUCAGCGGAGCAGACAUUCGAGACCAAAAUGUUCUUGCGACACAGGCAAUUUCAAAUGUAGUGAAAAGCUCGUUCGGGCCAUCCGGGCUCGACAAAAUGAUGGUGGACGAUAUAGGCGAUGUCACAGUGACGAAUGAUGGAGCCACAAUAUUAAGUUUGCUAGAUGUCGAACAUCCUGCAGGAAAGAUACUAGUCGAUUUAGCGCAACAACAGGACAAGGAGGUUGGAGAUGGCACCACUUCAGUAGUGCUAAUAGCAUCUGAGCUGCUGCGAAGAGCGAAUGAACUUAUGAAGAAUCGAAUCCAUCCCACUACAAUAAUCACAGGCUACCGACUCGCACUCAGAGAAGCUGUGAAGUAUAUGAACGAGAACAUAAGCACGCGGAUCGAGAACCUUGGUCGCGAGUCUUUGGUGAACAUAGCCAAAACAUCGAUGGCAAGCAAAGUCAUAGGGUCAGACAGCGACUUCUUCGCGAACAUGGCUGUUGAUGCCAUGCAAUCCGUCAAAUCGACGAACAAUAAGAAUGAAGUCAAAUAUCCUGUGAAAGCUGUCAAUAUACUAAAAGCACACGGCAAAAGUGCAACGGAGUCGAUGCUCGUCAAAGGAUAUGCGCUAAAUUGCACGGUGGCCUCACAGGCAAUGAAGACGCGGGUCACAGAUGCAAAGAUUGCUUGUCUGGAUAUGAAUCUGCAGAAGGAACGGAUGAAGCUCGGCGUGAAUAUCACAAUAGACGACCCAAAUCAGCUCGAACAGAUACGGCAGCGAGAAUCAGGCAUGGUCAUGGAACGGGUAGAUAUGAUUCUGAGAGCAGGGGCCAACGUCGUUCUCACAACCAAAGGCAUCGACGACCUCUGCCUUAAACAAUUCAUCGAGAAGGGCGCGAUUGCCGUUCGACGCUGCAAAAAGGAAGACCUCCGACGCAUAGCAAAAGCAACAGGAGCAACACUAGUAUCCACGCUCUCUGACCUCGACGGCAAUGAGAAAUUUGAAGUCUCAAGCCUCGGUCAAGCAAAAGAAGUGUCCCAGGAACGCAUCUCCGAUGACGAGUGCAUUCUCGUCAAGGGCACCAGGAUCCAUAGCUCGGCCUCCAUUAUCCUCCGCGGUUCCAAUGACUACCACCUCGACGAAAUGGAGCGCUCAAUGCACGACUCGCUCUCCGCCAUCAAACGAACACUCGAGAGCGGCUCCAUCGUGCCUGGUGGGGGCGCUGUUGAAACCGCUCUACAUAUUUACUUAGAAGAAUUCGCCUUUACUGUUGGCAGCAGGGAACAGCUUGCGAUUGGGGAAUUUGCACAAUCGCUUCUUGUCAUCCCCCGCACCCUCACUGUCAAUGCGGCCAAGGAUGCCUCGGAUCUUGUCGCGCAACUGAGAUCACUGCAUGCGACGUCGCAGAAACAGCAGGACGAGCCACAGCCGCAGUCGUCACCUUCGAAAGGCGGGAAGCAGGCUUCCGCGGCACAGGAGGAGCAGGCAAGGCUUGCAGCGAAAAGGAAAGCGUUCAAGAACUUCGGCCUGGAUUUACGGAGAGGCAAAUGUGUAGAUGAGAUCAAGGCAGGGGUAUUAGAGCCAAGUAUGAGUAAAGUAAGACAAUUGAAGAGCGCGGUGGAGGCGUGUAUCGCGAUCAUGAGGAUUGAUACGAUGAUAAAGUUGGAUCCUGAAAAGAAGGGAGAGGAAGACCCACAUGGGCAUAUGUAG